AUGUCUCAACAUUUGGAAUUUAUCUUACUUCACAUAAUUAUCUUGUAUAAAAACUCCGCUGGCUCUAACAACUGCCCCACCCGUUUUUCAGAACCAGGUCGUAUCCUGACAGGUCACGUGGUAUACACAUUACAACGUAAAACUUUUGAGAGCUGCACUUUUUCCUGCGAAAUGGAGUGGCAAUGUCAUAGUGUCAACUACUUUUUAUUGCACAAAACUUGUGAACUGAAUAACGCAACUAGGGAGGGUUUUCCUGAAGACAUGGUGGAACAGAGUGGAGUUGUUCAUGUGUCUGUGGUGAUCCACUUCCAUGAUCCUUGUACGAGCAUGCGCUGUGAAAAUGAAGGAAAGUGUAUUACCAAUCCGACAUUGAAGUGUCAGUGUCUUGAUGGAUUCAGCGGUCUCCGCUGUGAAAGUAAGAAUCUGUUGACCCAAGUUGAACAAAAAAAGAGACAAAACAAAUAAUUUUUUUUGCGUGAUAUUCUCUAAAUAACUAUAUUAUAGAAUCACCAACAUAAAUUGUUUUUAUAUAACGAUUCGUUAAGGGUUUUCUCUUUUGACUGUUCUUUUGUUUUUUUGUUUUAUAAGGUCUUAAGUCAUUAGGUAUGGAGAGUGGAAUUAUCCCAGACAUAAAUAUCGUUGCUACAUCAUCAAAAUCAGGUUACGAAGCGGGAAAAGGUCGUCUGAACAGACCAUCUUGUUGGAUGCCAGUAAGCAAUCGUAGCACUGAGACCAUCACGGUUAAGUUUAAACACGGGGUCAAAAUUAUUGCCAUAGCAACACAGGGAGCUCCAAACGAUGGCUGUUGGGUGAAAAGUUACUUUAUCAAAUAUGGUAUUCAAAAUGUCAGAGGAUCAUUACCCAAGGUAAAAGUAAACUAUUAUUUGCAUCUAAAACGAGUUUUUUUUUCCGCUCAAAUGUGAUAUGUUAAGUUAUUAAUUCCUUCAUAUUUUUUCUUUACAAUCGUCCAUAGUAAAAGAAAUUUUUUUUCACCUUGUUGUUUCCACAGGAAUACCAGGCAAACUUUGACAAGGAAACAGUAGUUACAAACCAGCUCUCAGCUCCUUUACUUGUCGAUUGGAUUGAAAUUCGGCCUGCAAGUUGGUCCUCAUGUAUUGCGCUGAGAGUCGAGUUGUAUGGAUACUAA